GCAGGUGGUAGCCACCUGAGAACUCCAGCGGAUCGGAUAAUUUUAUUAUCACAACGAGUGGUGCUCCCUCUUCACGACCUCUUCUGAAUCAAUAAUAUCUUUCCUGUGACGCCAAACAUGUAUAUAUAGCUCACCUACAAUCAUCCACACCUUUUCUUCAUUCAUCUCCAAACACUGCUACUUCUGCUCUGUUUCACUCGGCGAAAUUGAUCCACUUCUCAAUAUAAUGACGCUGAUGAGAACUCUACCGGCAACCACCUCUUACGCCGUCGGAUUCGGCGUUUCCUCUUUCAACGCGCCUCCGUCGCACCUCCGUUACCGUCGAUUCGUCAUUGCUAACGCUUCAGCUGAACCAUCUGACAAGUCUGUCGAAAUUAUGAGGAAAUUCUCAGAGCAGUAUGCCCGUAGAUCUGGCACAUAUUUUUGUGUCGACAAAAGUGUCACUUCUGUGGUUAUCAAGGGAUUAGCAGACCACAAAGACUCAUUGGGUGCACCACUCUGCCCCUGCAGGCACUAUGAUGACAAAGCAGCUGAGGCAACACAAGGCUUUUGGAAUUGCCCAUGUGUUCCUAUGAGAGAAAGAAAAGAGUGCCACUGCAUGCUUUUCCUCACCCCUGAUAAUGAUUUUGCUGGCAAUGAACAGGUGAUUACAAUGGAAGAAAUUAAAGAAUCAACUGCCAACAUGUAGUUUAGGUGCACCCUCGCUCUUUUUUGGUACACAAAUACUGAUUACAUAUCUACACUACAUGUAUAACUUUAUUUAUAUGCUCAUAUAACAUCACUUUUGGUGUAUCCGACCAUCACAUUAACAUGCCUUCAACAAAAAUAAAAUGUUUUUUUUUUUUA